AGGUUACAUAGCGGCCGCUAGUUGCAACUACAAAAAACUGAAGCACACAUCACACAUCGCACGAUAUUGACUCAAGCCUCAACCACCAACUCAAGUCUCGCCUCGUCGAGUAAUUCAAGCAUGUCCAAGAACGAAAGUGAUGCCGAGAAUAAGGCAGUCGAGGACGAUGACGAGCCGGACGAGUGGGACAAGCGCAUAUUCAGCACCGGCUGUGCAGACGAGAACUGGAAGCUCACAGAGUGCCACUCGGAGAAGAAGGACUGGAGGAAAUGCACCGAUGAGUUGACGCGAUUCCGCGAGUGCUGGAAACGGCACAAUAACGACAAGCGCACCCAGACCAAGGAUGCUGAGCGGGAGUGAGGGCUGGUUUUCGCAUUUGAUUAUGGUUGCUAGACUACCACUCCAGCUCAGCCCCUGCCCGUCAACAGGAUGGAGAGAAUUCUCGCCAGAGGGGCACAAGGCAUCGCCAGAUUACACCAGAUUACAAUCACUGGCCCAAGCUCCCGCCCCGCCCCUCAACGCGUGGGGGGAGUCUUCCCGCGCCAAGCAGAUUUCUUAGUGGAUCCACCCAAAUCUUCAAAUUGAUGUGCUCCAAAGAUUGAUA